AUGGCUUCCCUUCUUCUCUCUCCAUCAUUCAAUUCCUUCCUCCGCACCAAGGUUCGUUCUGUGCCACCCGUUUUGCCCAAAGGGGAUAGCUUUGCCCCAACUUACCCCUUCUUUCUUAUUUUGUUUGUCUCUCAGAAGGAUCUCUCCCUCUCCGCUUUCUCCUCUCAGCGAUGCUUCAAAGCGGUUCCAAGGACAAUCCGUUGUUCUGUGGCGGCGCCUCAGCGCCAGCCUUCUACCACUGGAUCAGUGAGGACUGCAAUGACCAUGACUGAGAAGAUAUUGGCCAGAGCUUCUGAGAAGGCCCAGUUAAGCCCUGGGGAUAAUGUCUGGGUCAAUAUUGAUAUUUUGAUGACACAUGAUGUGUGUGGGCCUGGUUCAAUUGGGAUUUUCAAGAGGGAGUUUGGUGAGGAUGCCAAGGUUUGGGACCGUGAAAAGGUUGUAAUAAUACCUGAUCACUAUAUAUUCACAAGUGAUGAACGUGCCAAUCGCAAUGUAGACAUAUUAAGAGAUUUCUGUCAUGAGCAGAAUAUUAAAUAUUUUUAUGAUAUUAAGGAUCUCGGUAAUUUUAAGGCAAAUCCAGACUAUAAGGGUGUUUGCCAUGUUGCUCUUGCACAGGAAGGUCAUUGUAGACCAGGAGAGGUUCUCUUAGGUACUGAUUCUCACACUUGUACUGCUGGAGCAUUUGGUCAAUUUGCUACUGGGAUUGGUAAUACUGAUGCCGGUUUUGUGCUGGGAACUGGGAAGCUUCUGCUCAAGAUUAUUGGUGAAAUAAGUGUGGCUGGUGCAACAUAUAAAGCUAUGGAGUUUGUUGGUACAACUGUUGAAAGUUUAAGUAUGGAAGAACGAAUGACAUUGUGCAACAUGGUUGUUGAAGCUGGUGGAAAGAAUGGCAUUGUUCCUGCUGAUAGCACUACAUUUAAAUAUCUUGAGGUUUGUGCAACGGAGUAG